UGUAGCGUAUGAGCAUCAUAUGCCGAACAUUUCCGCAAAAGUUUGGUUGUGUCAGAUGCAAUCGUGCACAACAGAUUCUGGGUAUGUUCACCUCCUAGUAAAACAUCAUGGAAAGGCAUUCUUUCCAUCUUGCCUAGGUGAUGAUAUCUCAAUACUGGAUUAUGAUGAAACAUCAGAGUGUUAUUAUUUCACUAAUGCAGUGAAUGCAAAAAUGCUACGCAAUUUCGGUUCAUAUGGUUUGUCCUCUGGUGUCGACAUUUUGGGACCGUGCCUGGCCCUCUCAGAAGUGAAUGAAGAUAUGAACUUGAACAUGGUUGUAGGAAUGAAGUGUUCCGAAUGGCCGUCAGUGGCUGCCGAAUGGAUAUCGCGAGAAAGAUCGAACGGAUGGCCACCAAGAGGGUUUAUAGAUCAACAAAUUAUGCGUGGUUGUCACGUAGUUCCUGUUGGUUGCAAGGGAUGCGAACAAACACAUCGAGACUGGAGAAUUUCGUUUGCACAUGUGGAACAAGAAAUAGUCCACAACAUGACCGCAAACCAAAUGAAAUGCUUCAUAUUGCUGAGACAGUUGAAGAAAUUCUUUUUCAAAGUCAAAAUACCAGACGUUAUAACUUCCUACAUCAUCAAGACAACACUGUUCUGGACUAUAGAGCAAUCAUCUCCAGAACUUUGGCAACCGCACAAACUCUCUACAGCAGUUAAAGUUUGCCUGAACAAGUUAAUCUUGUUCGUACAGAAUGACUUCUGUCCACAUUACUUCAUCAGAACAUGUAACCUGCUUUUUGGAAGAUAUUCUCUAGAGAAUAAGAGUAAUGUCUUGCAAACUUGUUUGGAAGCCAGACGUAAUCAAAUGAAAAUUUUGUGCGAAACUCCCCCGUUCGCAAAAGCCUUAUCUCUCCGACACCGGGGCGAGCAGCUUUCCAAACAAAGGGCUGGUCAGUUGAAAUCAGACGCAGAUGAAUGGUCUGAGGCAAAAUUUCAUUCCACUGAUGUAAAACGCAUCUUAGAAGACCUACUGCAAGACGAGUUGCGACAGAUAUUAUCAACAAAAGACACCACACUUAAGUUAGAGGAAUAUUGUAUACGUGUUAGACAGCAAAUUGACGACUCCUGUUUUAAAAGCAGACAAAGAUGUAAACAAGAAAUGAGGAAAUGCCGAAAGCUCAUACAUGACGUCACAGAACGGUUACUCCACAUAUGUUGGCUGGGACCGGCAAACCGGGAGGAAUUACUUGACGUCUCUGCAUUUCUUAACGAUGAAGAGGACGUGAACAACAUCUCCAACACCUGUCACGUGCUCAUGUUGACUGAAGACUAUUCCAGGUGUCAUGAUAUACUUGGGAAGUUCAUCACAGCUCAAAAACGAAAAGAUUAUAGAAGACUGCUGAAAUUAGAAUACUAUCCAAAAGAACUCCAAGUGAAAAGAGAAGACAUCAACCGGCAUAUCAUUGGCGCCGGCGAAGAACUACUUAACAUCUCAGAUUUAAUAUUUCUACAAAUAGAAGAGAACACUCUUCCUACUCCACUUCAAACUGAAUUCUGUCAGAUUGUGAUAGGCCAUCCGGAAGUUGAUGCAGUGCCCGAAGAUAGACCAACCGUCGUUGUAGAUCCACUCGUUUACAUCUGUUUCUUGAGGUUCUGGUGCAGCAUGAAGAUGGACCAAAAUAUUGAGAAGCUGAAGGCCCGGGAUGAUAUGGCGUGGUGCUGUGGUGUUUGUACCAUAUCACAGAAAUCAGUGGCCCUGAAUCUACUGGCGUUUUGUCAUUGUCAGCUCGAAGAGUACGAAGGGGCCUUUGAAGCGCUUUGUCGAGCAUUCAGAGAGAAACCUGCAAAGUGUUCCACACUUGUGCAUAUCGCAUGUUUGAUAAAUAAUAGACUAUUAUAGCCAUUUGACAAAUAUAACGACGAUAAUGCGUAAAUGAAGAUAUUGACAUUUGCACGGCAGGUUCACAAUAUGACGUAGGAAGAAACAUCAUGAUGACGAUUGCUGGUGAUGAUGAUGGUGA